AUGGAAGCAGCAAGACGAGCUCUGUGUGGAGAUGAUCCAUUUAACCCACUUAUCACAACCUUCACUCAGGCUGCAGGCAUUCUUGUCAUCUCUCAUGGCUUCCAUCUUUUCUUGAAACAAUUCGGACAACCUGGACCUGUUGCACAAAUCUUGGCUGGAGUUGUGUUAGGUCCCUCCUUGUUGUCCCGCGAUAAAAACGUUCGCAAAUUCUUCAUUCAGUCGUCUACUGCAGAUUAUUAUGAAGUUUUUCAAUCCAUUUUCCGCACAAUUUUUAUGUUCUUGAUAGGUCUAGAGAUGGAUAUUCCUUACAUGAGGCGUAACUUGCGCAUAGCGAGCAUUAUUGCAUCUGGUGGAGUGACUCUGUGUGUCUUAUUUGGUAUUGUUGCAUCCAUUGCCCUCAUCAUUUUAUCAAAAAUAAAACAAAAUUUUUUUGAGUUUUUCAGUCUCGUUAUAAUAGUCUUAGCGAACUCGGCCUCUCCUGUACUUUUUCGGUUGGCAUCUGAACUGAAGUUUCUGACUUCAGAUACAGGAAAAUUGGCUGUCUGUGCUUCUUUGAUCACUGAAAUGUCUUGCGUUCUAUGGAGUUUAAUUACUCUCACAGAACAUACGUGGGAAAACUUUGGAAUGGCGAUUCUUUUCCUUUUAAUGACCGUGGCGCUUAUAGUUGUAAACAACUAUUUGGCUUUCUGGUGUAACCAGAGGAUUCGGAACCAAAAAUAUGUGACAAACGCAGAGUUCUUAGUCUUCUUGUCCCUUUUAAUUACAGCCGGACUUGUUAUUGAAGAAUAUGGCUUCAACAGCACAAUAUCUUGCUUUAUGUUUGGCUUGAUGUUCCCUAGGGAAGGCAAAACUACUCGGACAUUGCUGCAUAAACUAAGUUAUGCUACGUACAACUUCAUACUUCCAGUUUACUUUGGCUACAUAGGUUUUCAGCUUGAUGUUUCUUAUAUGGGUAGUUUAGUACCUUCCAUCACGGUUAUCGUCAUGAUUUUAAUGUCCAUAGCAAGUAAAAUUAUUGGCACGCUAGUUGCUUGCCAUUACCUCAAGAUCCCAACAGACGAGGGCAUUGUACUUGGCUUUUUACUCGAUUUGAAGGGAAAUAUGGAAUUUCAGAUGUUGGGAAAGCUGCCAGAAGAAAUCUUGAAACCAUGGAAGGAAGAAGAAGAUGUUCACAAUCUGAUAGUUACUGUGGUGGUGAUUAAUACAGUGAUAACAGGAGUGGUAGUGGCUCUAAUAUUAAAGAAAAAAGAAGAGUAUUUCUCUCACAGACAUAUCUCCCUUGAAUUAAGUGAACCGGAGAGUGAGCUUCGAGUGCUGGUUUGUGUCUACGGAUCUCGGCAUAUAUCAUCGAAAAUUGGGUUAAUCUCUGCUUUUAGUGAAUCCCUAAAAACACCCGUCACAGCUUACCUGAUGCACCUAGUUGAGCUCCCAAAGAAACGUACCAAGAAGAAUUUGAUGUACCACCAGCUACAGGAUGGUGAUCAAUACAGUGACGAGGAGGACUAUGGCGGAGAUGACGUUGUGGAGAUCAAUGAUGCCGUAGAUGCAUAUACCAUGGAGACCAAAGUUCUGAUCCACCAAAAGAAAGUUGUGUCUUCCUUCGAGAAAUUGUAUGAGGAUGUGUGUGAUUACAUCGAGGACUUGCGUGUUUCGAUCAUAUUUCUCACUUUUCACAAGCACCAGCGCCUUGAUGGGAAAAUGGAGAGUGGAAAGGAGGGAAUGAGAAUCACUAACCAUAAGGUUCUGCGACAUGCCCCGUGCUCCGUAGGGAUCUUUGUGGAUCGAGGGCAGACAGGAUUUCAACAACCUAGCUCCCAAUCUGUGCAAAAUAUAGCUACAUUGUUUUUCGGAGGCCCUGACGAUCGCGAGGCAUUGGCGUGUAGCAAAAUGAUUGCAGCCCAUCCUCACAUUCAUUUGACACUCAUCCACUUCCAACAUUCACCAUCAAGCGAACAGAUAGAGUGCACUAAUGGCACAAUCCACAGGAAUGAUGAGAUGCUGAUGGAAAUGACAAAUCACGAGAUUGAGGCAGAGAUUGACAAGGCUUUUGUGCAGGAUUUCUAUAACAGAUAUGUAACGUCAGGUCAAGCUGGAUAUGUGGAGAAGUAUGUGGAGGAUGGGACGCAAACAGCGGAGGCUCUAAGAGACCUACAAGGUACUUAUUCAUUGCUCAUAGUAGGGAAAGGUGGUAGAGGGCACUCACCUAUGACAACCGGUGUGAGUGACUGGGAGGAGUGUCCGGAGCUGGGGACAGUUGGGGAUCUUCUGGCUUCUUCAGAACUUAACAGCAGCGGUUCGGUUUUGGUCAUUCAACAAUAUCGGCAUUCAAGAAAUGACCUUAAUUAA